AUGGCUCCACCCUCCUGGCUCUGCUCUGGGGGGAGCUACAACGAGGUCGAUCUCUUCGCUGAAGGGCUUCUAUCUGACCAGGAGCUCAUAUCGAAUGCAGAGAGCGAGAAUAUGACUUCUACAUGGCUCUUGCGAGCUGUCGGCAUUUGUCUAUGCAUUGGUGGCGUGGUCAUGUUCCUGAAUCCUUUGCAGACACUAGCCAAUCUCGUGGAUCAGUUCUUCUCCUGGUUCCGCAGCAUCCCGGUGCUGGGAUGGCUCCUGGACACCUUGGGAGACGCAGUAGCUUUAGCCGUGGGGUGUGCCAUCUUUGGCGUUUCAGUAGGCAUUGGCCUUCCCUCCGCUUUGAUUGUCAUGAGCAUUUCUUGGUGCGCCGUGCGACCCCUGCUGGGCAUUCCAAUGUUGCUGGCCUGCGUGGCUGCCCUUUGCAUGGCCUUGAAGUCUUUGUUCCGCAUGGCCGAGCAGGGCAAGGGGAAGAGGAAGGUCGCCUGA